CUGUGAACAGGCUGAAUUGCUUCCCAUUAAAGAGCCCUAAGGAUAAAAUUAUCAGAAAAUACUUAGAAAAGUUCCCAACAACUAUUGAAAAUGUCCCUUGCGACGGAAAAACUUUCGGAAAAAAAAGUGGAUUCUAUUCGAGCACUUGGAAACAUUUAUUUAACGAUGAAGUUUCAAGGCUUGCUGAUAACGGAGGAAUAUCCUCUGCCGAAUAAAAUUCACGCUUUUCUGAAUUAUGUUAGCAUCAACAUUAUCUACAACGCUACCUUCAUCAUUGAGUUGUUCUUCGUGAAGAAUCUGAAGCAGCUUCUGGACAAUCUUCCUAUGAACAUUUGCAUGACAGCCUGCUCAAUGAAGUUCCUUGUAAUUCUGAGGCUUAGGCCCAGCCUUAUCGAAAUCAAUAAGCAACUGAGACGUCUGGAUAACAAACCUAUGACGGACGUGCAGAAGAAACAAUUGGAGAAGGUAAUCAGCCUUUGCAGGCUACUUGCAGCGAGUCUUAUUGCUAUCUAUACCAUGGUGGAUUGGACCUAUGCCGCCGCUGCAGUGGCUUCGCAUGGCACGAAACUAGGCUAUGAGUCCUGGUUUCCUUAUGAGUGGAGGAACCAUUCCUUUCGAUACUGGACCACACUGACCGUACAGACUGCCUUUCAGGUGCAACUCGGGUUGCAACAAGUGGCAAAUGAUUUAACAGGAGCUGUGUACCUGUGCUUACUGACCGUUCACCUACAGAUAAUAUUGGAACGGUUUGCAAGUAUUCACUAUGAUCCCGGGAAAACUGAAGCAGAAAGUUUCCAGGAGUUCCUGCAGUGUUUGGAGGACCAUCGCAUUAUCAUGGGGAUUUUUGAGAUCAUCCAAAACAGCAUUUCCUACACAAUCUUUUUUCAAUUCGUUGCAUCUAUUUUCGUAUUCUCCACAUCCGGAUUGUCUUACCUUCAGUUUUCCCGCACAGCGACGGAAACUGCAGCCGCUGCUAUAUUCAUGGUAGCUGAGGUAGUCGAAAUCUUCCCAUCGUGCUAUUAUGCGGAUAAAUUUACGGAAAAAACUGAUCAGAUAGUUUUUAUGCUCUACUCGUCAAACUGGAUGGACUUAUCACCAAGAUUCCGAAAACAUCUUAUAAUAUUCAUGCAAAUGACGCAGAAGGAGAAAAUUAUAUUGGCAGGAAAACAGAUACCGAUAACUUUGGCCACGUUUAUGUCUGUAAGUUGGGGUUGAAAUCCCAGAAAAAAUUUCAAAA